AUGAGGAUGUACGCGAUCAUUGAACGCUCGCUAGCAAGAUCCUGCAUCUACAGCAUUAUUCUACCCUGUUAUGUCGAAAUGAUCAACUCGUGGUUUCAGGGUGGUCCUAGUUUUAGAGAUGAGCCCGUGUCGCUCAUGGAUAGCUGGCGGGCGUAUGAGGCCCAGGGUGGUGGAUUAGACAUGGAGAGUGGCGAAGGUGCGUCGUCGUCGGGAGCAGGUGGCGGGGGAUCUUCAGGGGGUGCAGCAGCUAGCGGGAUUCCCGGACUUAGCUUCGACGCUUUCACCCCGUAUUUUCAAAACGCAUCGGACUCCGUCAACGCAACAUGGUCUAGUGUGUCGAAGAACGUGCAGGAGUUGCCGGGAAGCAUCCAGAAGCAGGCGAACGUGCUGCCGUCGCGGAAAGCUCUGAUGUACUUCGUGGUGGUGCUGGCCACGGGCGUGUUCUUCCUCUUCCUCGCCUUCUCCAUGUUCCUCCCAGUCAUUGUGCUCGCUCCCCAAAAGUUCGCUGUCUGCUUCACAAUAGGCUGCCUGCUCGUGGUGGGCUCCUUCUUUGUGCUCAAAGGACCCAUGGUGCAGCUCCAGAGUAUGACCUCCGCUGAGAGGCUCCCAUUUUCGUUGUUCCUUGUUGGGAGCAUGGUCAGCACAAUCUAUUGCUCAAUGGUUCUUCACUCUUAUCUGCUUUCAGUUAUAUCGUCUGGAGCACAGGUUCUUGCACUUGUUUAUUACGUCGUGUCUUUCUUCCCUGGUGGCACCACUGGCUUGCGCUUUCUCACAUCCAUGUUCACCAUCGCCGUGCAAGAUCUGCGACGUGCGUUCGCGAGAUACAACGAUGCAUGGUUUCCCAUCGCUCGUGCAUUUGUUCCUUCGCAGUAUAUUCCUGCAGGUGCCGUGCACAAAGUCAUCAUGGCAGCUAUGGGGUGUCAAGCAAUGAUGAAGUCAUUCCUCGUCAGCACCUCUCUCAAGAAUGGCGGCGAUUCGUUUCACUCACAAACCACCAGCCGACCAGCAUCACAUAAGCGUCGCAGCUCACCGCGUCUGGCGGUGAGAGCGGCGGCGAAGACGGCGGAUGAUCCGGCGGCGAAGGCGCUUCAGGCGAAGUCGUUAGGCGAGCUGCGGGCGAUGGCGAGGGAGAAAGGGUUGCGCGGGGAUACCAAGGCAGAGCUGGUCAAGCUGCUGCUGGAGACCCAGCCGUCCUCGGCAUCCCCCGUGCAGCCGUCCGCAGUGAUCCCUCCCCCUGAAUCAACGCUCAGACCCAUCGCUCCAGCUCCCACCGCCGCCACCACCACUGCCAGCGGGGCUUCCGGCGGCAAGGGCGGCAAGGCGGAGGCGGCGAAGGCGCUAGAGGCGAUGAGCACGGCGCAGCUGCGCGCCAUGGCCCGGGAGAAGGGACUCCGGGGCGACACGCGCGCUGAGCUGAUUAAUCUCCUCGUAGCCGCCCUCCCCGAGUCCGCCAAGCCCACCUCAAACGCCUCGGUCAUGCCGCGGCCCCUUCCCCCGUCCGCCUCGCCUGCUGCUGCGGCGGCCGCCGCCGCUGCAGCCUCUGGCGACGGCAAUGGCGCGAGCAGCAGCAGCAGGGAGUCGGAAGUGGCGGAGGCGGAGGUGGUUCUGCCACCAUUCGCCUCGGAUAUUCCCCCUGGCGGCAUUGCCAUCAGCCAAGUGCAGAAACAGCCAGGAGGCAAGGCGGGCAGUGGGGCGACGUCAAAAGAGGUGAAGGAGGCAGCAGCGGAGCUGAAGCAGGGGCAGUUCGUGCGCUCCGUGCUCAUAGGCGGCUUUGGCCUCGCCCUCGUGCCUCUCGUGCUGCCCCUCGCCCCCACCAACAGACUCGUCCCAGGCUCGCCCGCUGAACAGCUGGCAGCGCAGCUAGGGGAGGAGGCGACAGUGCUGCUCAACUCACUGCUGGACACGCAGGCUGUCACGGUGAACCAGCUGCAGGCGCUCAUGCCUCUCAUCUCACCAGACCUGGACCCCACCACACGGGCUGCCAGAGCUGCUUGGUUCUGCCAGCAGGUGCCUCCGGCGGCUCGCUCAGAGCAGGCGGAGAAAUUCUGCAAAACUGUCACUCAGAUUGGCAUUCGAGCAUCUGCUCAGUGA